AUGGAGCCCCCAAUUCCCCGCAAUAUCGACCUUGAUCUGGAUCGGGAUACGACGAGGCCGACUGCGUUGAAACGAAAGGGCUCAACACUUCAAACAUCGGUGGAGGUUAUGAGAUGCAAGUUUGGGAAGCCAGCGGGAUCACCGGAGGGCACUGGCGAGUUCAAGCCAUCGAAAGAUUGGACACCGAUAUACUAUGCUGUCUACCACCAACGCGAGGCAGCGCUCUCACAUUUCCUACGCGCUGGCGCAACACCGAAUGAUGUCGCUGGCUUGGGACUCCCACCGUUAUGCAUCGCCAUCGCCAACGGCUACGCGAGUCUGGCGAGAAUACUGUUAGAUGCUGGUGCCGAUGCCGAUGCUGUGAUCAAGACCAGCGGCGAAACAGCCCUUCACAUAGCCGUCAAGAAUGGCCGCAGCGAUCUCAUCGAACUUUUGAUCCCAUACGGACCCAACCUCGAGACGAAGACGAACGACACCGGCGAGACAUCCCUCCACUACGCAGCGUCAAAGUCCGGAUCAUUGGCCACAGUCAUGACUUUGCUCAAGCAUGGCGCUAGCUACGAAGCGCUCAACGGUCUCGGUCAGACGCCAGCCGAAGCUGCCCUACACGCCAACAACAUACAAGGCGCCGUAGCGAUCAUCAACGCCGCACAUGGCAAGCGCAACAAGCUCGAGAAAGAGAGGGAGCUGCUGCUGAAGCACGUGAAGAAGACACAGGGCCGUUUCUCCGUAGGCAAUGACCUCAUCGCGGAUAUCUUCGCCGCAGCUUGCGAUUCAGAGUCCAACGUCCUUGUGGAGGCCAUCAAGAGAGAUGACGCGAGCUUGGUGGAGAUGUUUCUAGAGAAAGGCUCGGAUCCGGAUCGAGAGACCGCCAACGGCCUUCGUCCCAUCUUCGUCGCAUUGGAAUGUGCCGGUGCGCCAGUAAUAAGUGCACUACUGAAGCGCAACCCGGAUCUCACCAUCCGCGACAGAAAGGGCCUUACUGUACUCCAGGCCACCUUCGAGAGCCCACUAGCCCAAGAGAAGGAGACCAUGUCUAUCAUUCUGGGUGCUCUGCUUGAGCAGGGCGCUGACGCAACAGUGACAUACCCGGACGGCAAGACACUGCUUCAUCAUGCCGUAUCUCCUCGUUUCAGCCAUCCUAAAAUCGCGCUUCAGCUCAUCGACGCUGGCGCUGAGGUCAAUGCGAGGGACCAAGACGGCGACACGCCUCUCCAUCUCGCAACGCACAGUAGAGUCUGCACAGAGCUGUUGCUAAGACAAAGAGCAAACGCAGAUCUUACUAAUGCUGAAGAGCUUACGCCUUUGCUCAAUGCUACAACGAACAGUGCAAAAGACCAGGAGCCAGAUCUGGAGUCGCUCAUCAAGGCAUCUGACCUCCGCAAGACCAACAUGAACGGACAAACAGCGCUGCAUCUUGCCGCAUCCAAUGGAUUGGAGGCGACUGUGCAGUCAUUACUACGAGCCCGGGCAAACACCGCCAUCGGCGACAAGAACAAGAACACGCCGCUUCUUCUUGCCGUAAAGCAUCACCAAUGGUCCAUCGUACCACUGCUCACGAUACCACCGAGCAUCAACUCCUGGGAUGAAGACGGCAUGAGUCCUCUCCAUCUCAUUGCUUGCACCGUACCCAAAGCGCCGGCGACAUGGAACGACAUCGCCGCCAUUGUUGGCCCCUUCUGCGAACGCGGCGUCAGCCGGACUACACGCGAGCGAUCAGGUGCUACACCGCUCAUCCUUGCCAUCAAGACACUGCCGGAGGACGGCUUACCCGUGAUCGAGGCCUUGCUAGCACAGAAGGCGGACCGCAAAGCGAGUCGGAACUGCGUCAACCACGAAGAUCACAAGAAGCAAGAUGCGCUGUUCUACGCGGUGACGACAGGCAAGCCUAUCUUCGUGGAUGCGCUGCUCAAGCAUGGUGCCACAUUCGACUUUGAAGACUGGGUACCUGCCAAGAGCAAGUUGCAGUCUUCAGUGGCGGCCGAUAAGCAGAUCUUGAAGCUGUUCGCACAGUACGAGUGGAUGAAGCGUGCAGGGUUACUACGAAGACGGCCUAGCAAUCCUGUUGCGGAAGUCUCGUCUUUCUCCACGACGUUGCCUGUCAAGGACCUUGAGCAGAUGGUCGCGAUGGGUUUGGAUGUGAAUGCUUUACCGCGAUCAGCUCUGGGCGUCUCUUUGAUAUGCGCGGUCCUUCGCCACAUUACUCUUCACCCGCCAAUGCCCGCGGAGUACGUCUUGAGCAUACUCAAUGUGGUUCUUGAUGGAGGUGCGAACCCGAACGCGGGCAUUCCCCGAAGCUCAAUGCGUUCGUCGUCGCCACAGUCUGCGCCAGAGUCAACGCAGACCUCUAUUCUGACGCAGCAUCCGCUCACCUUCUUGCUUGAAGAGUGCCCGGAAGUCGCAUUGGAUGUCCUGAUGCUGCUGGUAGUGAAGGGUGCGCAGCUUACUAUCGCAUCUCCGUUUUCCAACGGCCGCUUACCACUUCACUCGGCGGUUGUGGCGCAUCGCUUUGAUGUGGUGCAGGAGUUCCUGCUGCACGGGGCGGACGUGAACAGUAUCGAUAACAAGGGACGAACACCACUCUUCAUGGCCGCUGAAGGUGGGGAUUGGGAGAUCUUGAACUUGCUGCUUCGAAGCGGCGCCAGCAUGGACACGCUCGAUGUAGAGAACAACACACCCUUGCACGCCGCAGCUGUCGGUGGCAAUGACAAGAUUGCCUCCUCCCUCCUCCUUGAAGGCGCCAAAGCAAAUGUAAAGAACGUGGCAGGCCUGACACCCAUGGCAUGUGUAGGCGACAACUAUUCCGAGGAAGGUCGGAGCCUAAUCGUAGCCAUGCUCAAAGAAGCCGAAGAGAAGGAGCAAAAAGACAAGGACGACCAACAGAAACACAUCGAAGCAACCGCCGCGCACGAAGCCAAGAUCCAGCAGCUAAAAGAUGACGAAGCGAAAGCAAAGCUCCAACAAGAGCAAGACGCGCUCCUCCGCAUCCAAAAAGCCAACGAAGAAGCCGCAGCUCAACGUCUCCCCCAGCAACAACACCAACAACAGUCCCUCCCCGCCCCAAUGCCCACAUCACCACCACAACCCACAACGCGCAAGCCCUCCUUCCUCUCCCGAAAGACCUCCCUCUUCUUCAACAAGUCCAAAGCUGCGACCCCACAACUCCCUUCAGAUACCCUCCCCAAACCAAAACAAGCAUCCCUCCUCCGCCUCCGCAUCAACACACCACCCACCAAGUCCCAAUCUCACCCAAACUCCGACCUCACGCCACCCCCCGUCAUCACCAACCGCGCCAUCCCCUCCCCCCACAUCCUCGCCAGCCCCGACUUCUUCAGCACGGAGUUCAACAAUAUGAUGGACCCAACACGGCCUGUUAUCGCGUUGCCGGCGGCGAUACAGCGGCGCACGACUGCGGCGAGAGUGGAUAGUGGGUUGAGUGAGAAGCGGGGAAGUAGGAGUAGUAGUAGUGUGAUGGGAAUUUUGGAUUUGGAGAUUGUGAAUGAGAAGCUAAGUAGUCCGAAGGUGGUUCAGAGGGAGAGUGGAGGGGAGUUGGCGGAUUGGUUGGCGUUGACGAGGUUGAUGGAUGGGUUGUGA